AUGGCAACACCACCAAGCUUUCCGUUCGCUCGUCCAAAGACUUGGGAGCCACCCACCGAAUAUGCAAGACUGAGGGCCACUGAACCUGUGUCUCGUGUAGAGCUCUGGGAUGGCACUCACCCAUGGCUUAUUGUUAAGCACAAGGAUGUCACCAGUGUCUUGAUAGAUGAGCGACUCUCCAAAGAGAGAACUAGGCCGGGGUUUCCAGAGAUGAGUGCUGGUGGAAGGGAGGCCGCAAAGAACAAACCAACUUUUGUUGACAUGGAUCCACCGCAGCAUAUGCAGCAGAGAAGCAUGGUCGAGUCCCUCUUUGCGUACGAAGCUAUAUCGAAGCUUCGUCCGCACAUCCAGAAGACGGUAGAUACAUUGCUCGAUGCCAUGAUCAAAGGUGGAUGCGAGAAACCAGUCGACUUGAUUGAGAAAUUCGCUUUACCAGUCCCUUCUUACAUCAUCUAUGGAAUUCUCGGUGUUCCGUUUGAGGACCUCGAGUUCCUCACUCAGCAAAAUGCUAUCCGCAGCAAUGGCAGCGCAACUGCGACCGAGGCGUCUAAUGCAAACACUACCUUGCUGGAUUAUAUCGGCAAACUAGUAGAUAAGCGAACUCAACAGCCAGAGGAAGACCUGAUUAGCAGAUUGGUAACUGAACAAGUAAAGCCUGGUAACAUUGACCGCUCCGACGCUGUGCAGAUUGCGUUCUUGAUGCUUGUUGCUGGCAAUGCUACCAUGGUCAACAUGAUCAAUCUCGGAGUCGUAACACUCCUCCAACACCCAAGCCAGCUUUCCAAACUGAAGCAGAACCCCACACUCUCUCCCGCAUUUGUAUCCGAGCUUUGUCGUUACCACACCGGAUCUGCAAUGGCGACUCGUCGUGUUGCCAAAGUCGACAUCACUCUCGCUGGGCACGACAUCAGAGCAGGAGACGGCAUAAUUGCAGCCACGCAAUCUGCCAGCCGAGACGAAGACAUCUUCUCUGACCCAGAGAUUUUCGACCUCAUGAGGUUUGUGCCAAAAGAAGAAGGGGGACGCGGCGAAGAUUGGUUUAAGGCAAUGGGGUAUGGAUGGGGCGAGCAUCGGUGUGUGGCUGAGCCGCUUGCGAGGGCGGAGUUGGAAGUUGUGUUUGCUACCCUCUUCCAAAGAUUGCCGGAUUUGAAACUUGCGGUACCUUUCGAAGAAAUCAAGUGGACGCCGCCUAAGAAGGACGUGGGAAUCACUGAGCUACCGGUGAACUGGUAAUUUGGGCAUCGGCAUUGGUAGUUAUUAUCUCUAAAGUGAGGGUGUGUGUAGAUGGCUAGAUGGUACGCUUAGGCGGACUGAAAAUGCGG